UCUUUCUACUUUUGGAGUGAGGAAUGGGGCGAGCGAGAUAAUUCAAGAUGGCGGAUUCGGAUUCUGACGAGGCAGCGAGUCAAGCAUUGCAAAAAGGCGAGAAAAGGAGGCAAGAUAAUAGCGAUCAAGAAAGUGACGAUGACUCAUCUUCAGAGGCAAAUACAGACGCAUCAGAUGAAAGCUUUGACGAGAAUAUGGAGAUUCCUGUGGAAUUUGAAGCAUUUCCUCCAACAGAAGAAGACUUCAGUGGAAUAAGGUGUCUCUUACAGCAGCUAUUCUUAAAGAAUGCAGUGGAUCUAUCGAAGCUAAGUGAUCUCAUCAUUUCACAGCCUGAGGUGUCAACUGUGAUUAAGGUUGUGAAUAAUGAAGAUGAUGAUGAAAACAAUGGUGAAAGUAAAACUAAUGAUGAUGAUGAUGAUGAGUCAGAAGAGGACGUCUUUGGAGUAACAACAGUGGUGAACCUUAGAAAACAUCAGGAUAAUGAUGCUGUUAGGCAGCUAAAGAAAUUGUUGGUUGAUAAAUGUCGGGAGUUUACUUCCAAAGAAAACACUGCAGAAUUUACAGAGGUGAUGGAAGGACCGCAUUCUGUGGGAUUUCUCAUCAGCGAACGUUUUAUUAAUAUUCCGCCGCAGAUUGCAGUACCUGUUUACAAAACAUUAAGAUCUGAACUAAAGAAGAUCCAUAAAAAGGGACAGGACAUGCCUCUUUCCUAUUUUGUAAUAAUAUGCAAGACAUACAAAGACAUUGAGACAAAAACACAGAAAAAGGUUAAGAAGGCCAAGACCAAGGAUUCAACGAGUGCACUGAAUUUUAUUAAUGUUGAGGAUGAAGUGUUUCUAAAGGAAAGUGAACUAUUGUUCAGUUACACAGCCAGCACAGACUCUGAUGAAACUCUUGUAGCAGGCAGAUGGACUUCUGAUGAUUCUGAAUUAAAGCCUUAUAGAACUGUCUUAGCACUUUCUGCUGACAAAUUUGAUAAGGCACUAGAAGGCAUAAAUACUUUGCUCACACAGUAAAGGACUUGGAGUACCAGUAAUUUAUGGAUAUCUGCCCAGAGGGACUGUUUAAAUCAUCAGUUCUUCAUCAAUGGCAUGGUGCACUUAUUUAUAGGUAGUGCUCUUUUUAGUCAAAUUAGCUUCUCAUCCAGAUUCUACAAAUUAUUAUGUAUCACUGAUGACAAUUUUCACACCCCCUGGAUCCCUGCGCUUGUGUCACAGACAGUAUAUGUCACUGUGUUUAGGGGAUUUUGACUUGUGCAGCUAUACUGCUGCUAGCCUGCAAACACAGACGGAUUUCCAGCUUUUGUUUUUGGUGAUGUGAAACAAAAGCGGCAAAUCCGUCUGUGUUCGCAGGCUAAUCUUCUAGAGCAAACAGCAGAAAAUAGUAAGUUAUAUGUAUACACACUGGAAUUGUUCCAAUGGUUCAACUUGGAUGAAUUGUAGUCUUGUAUGUGUUUCUUACAUGGAAUGGCCCAACGAAACCAAGCUGAGUGAUCUUCCUCUAUACAUAGAUUGUGCUGGCCAAAAGCUAAACUUUAAUUGUACGUGGUAUGUACAGUACUUUUCACAGUUUUACAGCUGGCAAAAUGUUGUACAAUGAAGUAUCACAGUUGUCAUU